CGAUCAGUCGACUCGUAUUAUUUGAAUGUGGCGGGAGUGUUCACGGUAGUUUUCUCCAAGUUUCCAAAACCAAUUUCUUGUAUGUUCUUUACGUGAUUUCCCAUUCGACACACGAUCAAACUAAAAGAAGUGUAUCAGCGCAUUUAUAUAUCACAGACGCAUAAUUUUUUUUUUGCAUGAGAUCGAGCUAUUAUAUCACAAUAAUUUAUCAAUCAAAACAAUUCCAUUCGCGGUUUAAAUGAGUUUUAAGUGAAAAAUUGCCUCGAGCUAGUUUCAUUUCAAUCAAUCAAUUUAUUUUAUUAUUGUGAACGAAACAAAAAGAAAAAUAAAAUUGUUGCAUAUUAACGGUCUGUUUGUCAUUGUUUCAUCUGUCAAACUACUACUUUUUGUUUCGCCCGCCCUCUGAAGUGAGAAUUAUUACCUAUUGUGAAUUUUAAAUUGAAAUUUUGAGUGAAAAGUUAAUGAAACAGGAGCAUGCUUCGUCGUGGGGAGGCAUUUGCAAACAAAAAUUCUAAAAUUGCUAAAUUUUAUUAAAUAAUGAGCAUAACGCUGUCAUUGCCGCAACGAUACAAGCGCAUUCUGCAAGCAAUGACACUCGCUGUGGUAAUUGUCUAUACCACUUUGGUGCUAUAUCAAACGGCCUACGGAUAUCCCGGUCCAGGCAUCCAGUUGCCAUCACAAGAACUUCGGUUAGAGAGCUCUCACAGCCAAUAUGCCCAUGCCGCCAACAGUAAUCCAGACUCAACAUCAUCGGCUGAAUCGGUGGUGGCAGUUAAACCAUCAUCAUUGUCGUUGUUGUCUUCUUCACCAGUUGCAUCGGCGCAAUAUGAUCAGCAACAACAAACAAUUCAACCGCAACAAGAACAAGAGCAAGAACCUCGACGACAUAACAUGCAACUAAAGUUGCUCCAAUUUCAACCAUUACCAUCAUCAUCAUCAUCACGACAUGAACAACAAUCUCCACCAUCGUCGGCGGUGGUAGUACCACCUCCACCACCAGUUCCACCUCAACCGCCCUAUAACCUAGCAACCCAACAACAAACAACUGUGAUCAUUCGCAAGGAUAUACUUAGCUUCAAUUUCUCCGACAUCGAAGUGUCGGAGCGCCCAUCGAUUUUAGAUGAUAUUGAACGGCGAGGUCGUAACGGUGAACUGUUGCACGAUCUGAGUCAACGGGCCGUAACAGCAACACCAAAACCACCGAUCACCGAACUCGAUGACAUUUUCAUUAGUGUGAAGACGACAAAAAAUUAUCACGACACCCGAUUGGCGUUGAUUAUCAAAACGUGGUUUCAAUUAGCACGGGAUCAGACAUGGUUCUUUACUGACACUGAUGAUGCUUACUAUCAGGAGAAGACAAAAGGACAUCUCAUCAACACAAAUUGCUCGAUUGGACAUUUUCGUAAAGCGCUUUGCUGUAAGAUGUCAGCGGAAUUGGAUGUGUUCCUGGAAAGUGGCAAGAAAUGGUUUUGCCACUUUGACGAUGACAAUUAUGUGAAUGUUCCACGUUUGGUACGUUUAUUGGAUGAAUAUAGCCCAUCAGUUGAUUGGUAUUUGGGAAAACCUAGCAUUUCGUCACCGUUGGAAAUUCAUUUGGAUAAUAAAAACUCAUCCUUACCAACAAAUAAGAAGAUCACAUUUUGGUUUGCAACUGGCGGUGCUGGCUUCUGUCUCAGCAGAGCGCUCACAUUGAAAAUGCUACCGAUCGCCGGUGGAGGAAAGUUCAUUAGUAUCGGGGAUAAGAUACGAUUCCCGGACGAUGUUACAAUGGGAUUCAUUAUCGAACACCUGCUAAAAGUCCCUCUUACAGUUGUGGACAAUUUCCAUUCGCAUUUGGAACCAAUGGAGUUUAUCAGGCCAGAUACUUUCCAUGAUCAGGUGUCGUUUAGUUAUGCUCGCAUGAAGAACGAGUGGAAUGUUGUCAAGGUCGACGGGUUCGACUUGAAAACGGAUCCAAAACGAUUUUACUCGUUGCAUUGUAAUUUGUUUCCAUAUUUUAGUUUUUGUCGCCCAAGGUGAUUAGUUUAUGAAUUAAAAUAGAGACUAUUACUUCCUGUACAGUGUGGAUUGUAAAAAAAAAUGUAAAAAAAAUAGUAUUUUUAACAAAUUUUAAAAAAUAAUUAAGAAAAGAUAAAAAACAUACACAAUUUAUAUAAAAAAAAAUAUUUACCUCCCUUUCUUAUUGGUGCAGACUUUCAAGUCCUAAUAAUUCACACUGUAUCCUUUUUGCUUCCUGGGUGCAACUAUAUUUAUCGAUUUUAACAAAAGAAUUAUAUUUUUUUAUUUCAAAAAUGUAUUAUUAAAUGUCACAUUAUUUUUAAAAACUUCUUGAAGUUCACUAUAUAAAAAUAUACAAUACAAACUAUAAAAAAAUUGUUAAGAUAAAAGUUAGUUAAAAACUAACAAAAAAAAUAUUUAUCUGUGAUUUAAAAUUUUAAGAUUUUGCUAAAAUAAAAAAUAAACACUAAAUAAAAUGUAAAUAA